CUUCAGUUAUUACUAUUAGUAGAGCUGUGCACACGUCCUUCACGGCCUGGCGACGAACACUGGCUCAUUACGCAACAUUUUAGAAAUCUCAUGCCGCUGGUGAGAGGAAUGCCGUUAACGUUACCUACAUCAGAGUUACGACGCGCCCUUCUGCCCUCGCACACAAACACAUCGUAGCGUUCACACCCAACUUCAGUUUCACCUAAGUUUCAGACGAGACGCCAAGAGACCAACCCACUAAGAUGGACAAGCUGAACCAGGCACUGAAGGAUAUGGACGUAACUACCAAAGUGCAAGUGAUCAAGCGAUUUCGCAAGAUCGACGCCGACGGAAGCGGGACCCUGGAUCUGGCCGAGUUCAAGAAGGGCUUCGAGAACGCGGGCAUGACAGAUGGCGAACUGGAGGCCGCCUUCAAGACGCUAGACAAGGACGGGUCGGAAGGUCUGAACAAGCGCGAGUUCUUGGACCUGCUGAUGCCCUCCAUGUCCGAGCCGCGGAAGGCUUUACUCAAGGAGGUCUUUCAGAGUGCCGACAAGACCGGGGACGGGGUGAUUUCUUCGGCCGAUCUGUCCCGCGCUUUUGCUUCGAACCACCCGGACGUCAAGUCCGGCAGCAAGACGGUGGAGGACAUGAAAGCAGAGUUUCUGAACGCAUUCGAACCGGACGGAGCUGGAAAAGAUGGAAAGGUAACUUAUGAGGAAUUUGAGAAGUACUACACAGCCGUUAGUCAGCGCUACGCAAGCGAUGAAGAGUUCAUCAACAUGGUCAAGGGAUCGUGGGACUUACUAUAGAAGGCUACAGGGAAUGACCAUAGCCGCUAGCUAGCGGCUUUCUUAUAGGCGUAUGCGUUAUACCGAGUCGUAGCCAGGCCGUUAUGACCCGGUCUUAAUUACGGAUUUGAAUACCGGAGAGGGAUGGUCUCCAGGUCUUCUUGCAAUGUCAAUCCUUACUUUGCAUCAUUUCGAAAUUCUCCAUGGUAAUUUUACCAUUUGACUUUCCCAAGUUCUGUCUGUUUUUUUUCUCAUGAGAAUUAAUUUAAUUAACAGUAUUUAUGGAUUAGUAUGAAGUAGACUAACGUCUUUUACGUCGAAGUUGUACCUGGCACAUAGUUUCGGUUCUGAGAUGAGCAAUUUUUGUAGUUUAAGGAUUAGUUCGAAAACUUGUUCAACUAAAAACGGUUUAAUCUGAGUGAUACAUAGUACCUUUUAUAUUUCUAAGGCAAGACUUGUCCAGUGGGUCCUUCAUUUCGGAUAUGCUCACCAUCCUGAUAUUUGGUUUUUUUUUGGGGGGGGGGUCGGGGUUGUUCCCGACGCGUGGAGGGGCUAGUACGAAGACCGGACACAAGAAGAUAGUAAAACAAAAAACAAGUAACGGAUAGGUACAGACAAAAAUGAGCCACAGGGAUUUUUACUGGCAAGUCAGUUGACUUUACGAGCGAAAUUUAAUACCUUUAAAAAUGUUAAAUACAACAUAUUGUUUGAGCAUUGUGUGUUGCACUAAUCUUUUCUUUUUUGUUCCACGUUUUUCUUGACAGUUUAGUUUAAAAUUUAGCCCUUCGUAUCAUUUAAAUGGUUGAAGUAUACUGCCUUCUUAUUGUCUGUUUCUUUAGCAUAUGGGAGUACAGUUCCUAAUUUAAGAAAAUGACAGCUGCUUUUGUUUAAAUUAAUUAAAAAAAUAAUAAUUGCAUACAA